CUAAAUUUACAUUAUCCCUUAAUAAAUAAGUAUCCAAACAAGAAAACAAUGGCGCCAUCAAAUAGAUGAUUAAAAAACCGGGAAGAAGAAAACCGUCGUCUACAAGAGGAAAAAAAAUGUCUUUGAGGCAAUUCAUCAAACACCUUCCCUGCAUUUCAAUUCGAAAAGCUUCCCCUUUCGUUUCCUAUUCCCGUCGCUUUUCUUCUUCUUCCCUUCCGGUUCUCUCAGUUCACGACUCGGCAUCCGAAUCAGAUCCAUAUAGUCUUUUGAAGCAGGACCCGAUUGAUGUCUGUCUUUCAAUAUGGGUCAAAUCAUUUUCUUCACCACCAAACACCACUUUCCCGAACUUAACCGGCUUCCUUUCGAAAUUCGACCUUUGGGUUUUAGCCUACCAACGGUCUUGUGCUCAUUUCACCGGCGCGUUCCCCCCACGCAACGCCAUUCAUUCCCAGACCCUUCAUUCCCUUCUUUCCCUCCGUAACGCCGUCGUUCACGGUGGCCGGUUCAAGUGGAACAACAAAACCAAUCAGCUGGUCCGUAGCCCGAACGACAAGCCGUCGACGACUGUGAUAUCAAAGAGGAAGCUUCAAGCCUUGCUUGAAUCCCCUGAUCCUUGUUUCCAAGACCGGGUUGUCCAAGAGGUUCUUUUGAUGGUCUUGGAACCGGUUUUUGAAGCCCGGUUUUCAGGUAAGUCUCAUGCUUUUAGGCCUGGUAGGAAUGCUCAUACAGUUAUCCGUACUAUUCGAAGUAAUUUUGCUGGGUACCUUUGGUUCUUAAAAGGUGAUUUAACUGAGUUAUUUGAUAAUGUGGAUGUUGAUUUAAUGAUGGGUUAUGUUCAAAAAGUCGUAAAAGAUAAGAAAAUAUUGAAUUUGCUUAAAUCUGGGCUUAAUGUGCGCGUUAAGAGGAGAUUAAAGCGUGAUAAUGAUGGUGAUGGUGGUGGAGAUUUGAAGAGCAAGAGAAGGAAAAAGAGAAAGGCUACAAAGAAGAGGAUUUUGAGUAAAAACGAGCCGAAACCGGACCCAUUUUGGUUAAGAACUUUCUUUGAUUUUGCUCCUGAGGAAGCUGCUAAGGUACCUUCUUACGGUUAUUGUGGAAUUUUAAGUCCUUUACUCGCUAAUGUUUGUCUUAAUGAAUUGGAUCAAGCAAUGGAAGAGAGGAUAGUUACGUUUUUUAGACCGUCUAAGCACGAUUCGAUAUGGAAAGAUACGAUCGAUGAUGGAUGUCAUAACCCUUCUUGGCCUGAAUUUGUUCCUUCUAGUGGUAGAGAGAAAACUAGGAAAAUGGAUUAUUUAAGAUAUGGAGGUCAUUUCUUGAUUGGCAUUCGAGGACCAAGAGAGGAAGCAGUGCAAAUUAGGAAGGAAAUAAUCGAGUUUUGCGAGAGCAAAUUCGGGUUAAGGUUGGAUAAUUCUAAACUGGAUAUUGAGCACAUUAGUAGAGGGAUUCAAUUCUUGGAUCAUAUAAUCUGUAGAAGAGUGAUACACCCGACUCUUCGUUAUACGUCUAGUGGAGGGAAUAUUGUGAGUCAAAAAGGUGUAGGGACUUUGCUUUCGGUUACCGCUAGCUUACAGCAAUGCAUUCGACAGUUUCGGCGGCUUCAGUUUGUUAAGGGUGAUAAGGAUCCCGAACCUCUGCCUUGUAACCCAAUGCUUUACUCAAGUCAAGCUCAUACAAAUUCCCAGAUGAAUAAGUUUCUUGAAACUAUGGCUGAUUGGUACAGAUAUGCUGAUAAUCGAAAGAAAGUUGUUGGUUUUUGUGCUUAUGUGAUUCGUAGCUCAUUAGCUAAACUGUACGCUGCAAGGUAUAGGUUAAAAUCACGUGCCAAGGUGUAUAAGAUAGCGUCACGUGAUCUUAGUCGUCCAUUGAGGGAGAGUAGCAACAAUUCUGCACCUGAAUACUCCGACCUUUUGAGGAUGGGACUUGUUGAUGCAAUUGAAGGUGUUCAGUUCUCACACAUGUCGUUGAUUCCAUCUUGUGAUUACACCCCAUUUCCUAGGAAUUGGAUACCGGACCACGAGCAGCUUUUGCAUGAGUAUAUUAAACUACAAGAUCCCAAAUUCUUCUGCAACUUGCAUAAAGCUAUAAAACGCGAAGGCCUAAGUUUGCCUCAAGAUGAGAUAUCCGAUAUUGUGUGGGAUUAUAAGACUCUGGGAAUUUGGAGAUAUCGAUCUAAUAGUGGCAAAGAAACGAAAGAGGGUUCCGAAUGAAAUGUAGGAUGAAUGUAAUAGUUAUGGAAGUGGGAAAGUUCAUCAUUGGACAAAGAAGAUCAAGAGGAAUCCGCAGAGUAUGUUGCACCCUGAUUUCAUUAGAGAUGAACGUUUCCAGAAUUGUGGGAAGUUAGCCUUUGCUGCUAAGUCCAUUGAUAGAAAAAAUAUCGGAUUCUCUUCGCAUGCGAGAAAAAUCCGUCUAUGCUAUGAGGAUAAGAUGUUUAAAUCAUUUCUCAAUUUACCAACUUGGCUCUAAAUCUUUUAACAUGUUUCUUCGAUGAUUCAUUCUUAUUCAUGUAUUCAUUUUUUCGCAUUUCCCUAACUGUUUAUUCAUUAAAGAAAAAAAAAUCCUCCAAUUUGACGUUACUGGAAAUGCUGUAGUCACCAUCGAUGAAGGCGGCCUUUUUAAGGUGGGUUUGUUUAUUUGUUGAACAUCAGUAUCAGGAUAUAAGUACGUGUCUGACACGAGUAUGUAUAAGUCUUUUUAUUUUUAAUGUUUUUAGAGGGUCAUAAUCCGAUACUUAUACCCAAAUAUAUGUAAAAUAUAGAUGUAGUACACAUGAAUUUCAAGAAAAAUGAAGAGUCGGAAUGGUAUUCAAACAAAUGAAGGUUGAAUAUAGAAUAUUAGACUGCUUGAAGAGCAUAA